AUGCAGGAGGAAGGGGCUCAGGUGAACAAAGCCCACAAAGCCAAACUCGUCGGCAACAAGGCGGCCGCGCGGGAGGGGCUGCGAAAGCGCCGCGCCGGUCUCGACACGGAGCCGAAUCGUGGGAGCAACCCACGCGCCUUCCAAGGCCCCGCCGCGGGUGGACGAAAGGCGCAAAAACUCCUUCGCAGCGCGGAAAAACGCGAGGCCGCGUUGCACCUCCCGGAGGUCGACAAAACCCUCCGCGGGGUCGUCCAGGAGGAGCCCCCGUUGCUCGUGGUGGUGGUAGGCCCCCCAGGGGCGGGCAAGACGACGCUGAUUCGCUCCCUCGUGCGAUUUUACGCAGGGAGGGGGUUGCAACAGGUGCGGGGUCCGAUCACGGUCGUCGCGGGGCGAGGUCGACGGCUGACGUUCGUGGAAUGCCCGAAUCGCCUGGAUGCGAUGUGCGAUCUCGCCAAGAUCGCCGACCUCGUGCUGCUGAUGGUCGACGGGAGUUACGGGUUUGAGAUGGAAACGUUCGAGUUCCUGACGAUCGCGCAGGUGCAUGGCUUUCCACGAAUGUUCGGCGUCGUAUCGCAUCUGGAUCAGCUGAAAACCGGGAAGGCGCUUAAAAAGCGGAAGAAGUUUCUUCGCCAUCGCUUUUGGCAUGAGGUCGCGGCCGGGGCGAAGUUGUUGUGUUUGGCGCCGAUGAUUCGCGGGAUGUAUCGCCCGUCGGAUGUGCUGAAUUUGCAUAGGUUGUUGAUUUCCGUCGAGCCGAAGGUGCAGUCCUGGCGAAACACCCACAGCUGUGUGUUGAUUGAUCGAUUUGAGGAUCUCACGGAUCCCGAUCAGAUCGCGCGGAACCCGGGAGGGGAUCGGACGAUUGCGUUUUAUGGCUACACCCGAGGUCGCCCGAUGCGCGAGGCGCAGCUCGUGCACCUCCCGGGCCUCGGCGACUUUCCGAUUCAUCACCUCUCGCAUCAAAACGACCCGUGUGAGUUGGAAACGCGGAAGUCCGGGAAGUCCAAAGCCCACCGGGCGCGGCAUUUAAGCCAGAAGGAAAGGAAAAUCCACGCCCCGUUUUGCGAUGUCGGGGGGAUUCUCUACGACAACGACGCCAUCUACGUCCACGAGGAUGCCGAACGCGCGUUGAUUGAGCGGGGUGGGGAGGGGUUGGAGCUCCUCCGCGAGCUCCAACGCGCGGAGCCGAUGGAUGCGCGGAAGACCCCUUUAAGCGUCGUCCGUCGCCCCGUGGUGUUUCGGGAUGAGGAAACGAUGGAGUUGGCGAUGGGGGAGGUCCGCUUGCCCUCCGAUCCCGACGACGACGACGACGAGGAGGACAAUAGCAGCGAGGCGGGGAGCCUUCCCGACGCGGAUCGCCUUCGCGGAAGGACCCAUGCCGACUCCUUUUCCGACCCCUCUCAAGGCGUGAAAGGGGGGGAGGGCAGUUUAGAUGAAUACGGCCAAUCCGAUACCCCAAGCGAGGCGAGCGCGAAGGAACAGGAGGCGGUGGGAGGGAUGGAACCGCGCCGGUUUGACGAUCCCGAUUCCGUUCGGAUUCUUCACCCCGUGUAUGGGUGGUUUGAUGAGGCGAGCGAGGCCUCCAAUCGGCGAUUACGCGAGCUCAAGGAUCUCUUCGUUACCGGGAACUGGAAAUCCGGCGAGGCGGACGACGACGACGACGAAGAUGACGAGGUGAACAGCAAAGGCUACGAAAGCGAGGAUAGCGAGUUUGAGGCGCAAAUGCGCGGUGAGAAGCCGCUUUCAAAAACCAAGAAGAUUCGUUUUCCCGACGAUUCCGGGGAGGAGGGCGAGGAGGAGGAGGAGGAGGCUCAGGCGCCGAACAAUAGGGGGGCCCGCAAGGGAUCCGACGCACUUGCGGGCGUGAAGUACUCAAGUAAAGAAUCCUUCGCGUGGGGGGCUUUUUCCAAGGAUUCGGACCCCACCUAUGGGGCUCGCGCGCCCGGCAACAAGGGGAAAAAGGGAUCCAAAUCGGGCAACAAUGGCGAGGAUGAUUACGAUAUUCUCGCCGACGACGGCUCCCAUGUGGAGGAGUCCGGGAAAGGCGCCGGGUCUGGAGGUGAUGAAGCUCUGGAUGCGCUCGUCGUGAGCUUUUUGAAUCGGGAAUCCACGACCGGGGGGGGCCCUUCGAAGGAUUCGACUACCAACGGUGACGACGAGGGGAUUCAAUUUUACAACGAAAAGGAUCGCCAGACGAGGCGAAAUGCGCGCGCCACCGGCGAGGAGGACGACGAGAGUGCAUUAGUGAUGCGCGGCGCGAAACUCACCCCUGAGCAGGAGCGUUUGAUGCAAAAGAAGAUGGAGAAGAAGAAGGUCUUUGACGAGGAAUACGAUCUCACCGGGGGCGCCGUGGGGUCGUCGUCGAAGAAGAACAUGACCUUCAGCUAUUAUCAUCAACUCAACCGCAGGGAGGAGGAGCGAAAGGAGCUGAUAAGCGGGACCCUCAAACAGUUCGGCGACGAUCUUGAGAAGAAAAUUCAGCUCGUUGGCUACUUCAGUGGGUUGUAUGUGCGUUUUGUUCUCGAGAACAUUCCGGUGGAGUUUGUGAACCUGUUCGAUCCUUGUCUACCCCUUCUGGCGGGGGGCUUGAACCCCGGCGAGGAUGAAUUUCGCAUCGUCCGUGCGAAGCUCAAGCGCCACCGUUGGUACCCUAAAAUCCUCAAAGCGCAGGAUCCGUUGCUGAUUUCGAUGGGUUGGCGCCGCUUCCAGACGCAGCCGAUCUUCGCCUCGGAGGAUCCCAACGGGCGGCAUCGCUACCUCAAAUAUACCCCUCUUCAUAUGCAUUGUGAGGCGGCUUUUUACGCGCCGGUGGUGCCGCCGAACACCGGGUUUUUAGCCAUUCCCGUACGCGAUCAGCGUACGCCGAACUUUCGCAUUUCCUGCUCCGGCUACACCGUCGGCAACGAUGAUACCUCGGAGAUUACGAAGAAGCUGAAGCUGACGGGAACCCCCGCGAAGAUCGAGAAGACGACCGUCUUCAUUAAAGGGAUGUUCGGGAGUGAGAUGGAGGCGACGAAGUUCGUCGGCGCGAAGCUGAAGGCCGUUUCCGGCGUCCGUGGGAUUAUCAAAUCCGCCCCGAAGGGCAAACAAGGGAUGGUGCGGGCGACCUUUGAGGAUAAGAUUUUCCCCUCCGAUAUCGUUUUUAUUCGCGCGUGGAAGCGGGUGGAGCCGCCGAAGUACUGCUCGAUUCAGCGGAAUCUCGUCGAUCCAAACUGGGUGGGCAUGCGCACGAUGCGGGAGCUGCGCUGGGAUUACGGCGUUCCCCUCAAGACGAACAAGGAUUCCGAAUACCGCGAGAUCAAACGCCGCCACCGCGUCGUCGAGGAGGGUGAGGACCUCAACGCCCAGAACGUGCUGCUCUCACGAAAUAUGAAGAUGCAGCUGCCGUACGACAUGAAGGAGGAGUUUAUUCCGAUCAAACCGACGAAUGAGCUGCAGGAACGCAUCCGUGGGGCGACGACGGUAGCGCCCGAGCCGCGAGAGCUGCGUCGUCAAGCCCUGCUCGAUACCUUUGAGGAUCGCGCGGAUGCGAUGACGAAGGUGAAAGAAAUGGCAAGAAAGCGCGCGCGCGAGCGCGCCGCGAAGGAGGCUGAGAAGGAGUGUGAGGAGUACGCGCGCGGGCUGAAGAAAGCGAAGAAGGAUACCUCGCGCAUGCGGGAGUUCCGUAGUCAACACAAAUCCAGGCACUGA